AUGGACAUAUCCGGCCCAUCUACGAGUGCGCAGUCGAGGGGCAAUCAGAACAUUCAGGUGUUCCUGCGAAUCAGGCCACUGUCUGCCCGGGAGCGCACUCAGAAGUCUCAGGAGGUGGUGGACGCGACGUCCAGUCGGGAGGUCCAUGUGCGUCAAGGACCCGAGGCCAAGAGCACGAAGAAGUUCACCUUCGAUCGCGUCUUUGGCAUCGAUUCGGAGCAAAACACCGUCUACCGCUCCGUAGUGGCUCCGUACAUCGGUGAAGUCCUCAGUGGCUACAACUGCACCGUGUUCGCGUACGGGCAGACGGGCACUGGGAAGACGUACACGAUGGUGGGCGGCCAGAGCCCGGCCCUCAGGAUGUCCUGGGAGGACAACAACCCGCUGGGCAUCAUCCCGAGGGCCGUGGUUCACCUGUUCGACGAGCUGCGGAUGAUGGACGUGGAAUACACCAUGCGCGUGUCGUAUCUGGAGCUCUACAACGAGGAGCUCUGCGAUCUGCUGGGCACGGAGGACAAGCUGCGCAUCUAUGACGACUCCACGAGGAAGGGCUGCGUGAUCGUCCAGGGCCUCAAGGAGAUUCCCGUGCACAGCAAGGAUGACGUGUAUAAGCUUCUCGCCAAGGGUCAGGAGAGACGCAAAACGGCAUCGACACUGAUGAAUGCGCAGUCUUCGCGAUCGCACACGGUCUUCUCCAUCGUGGUGCACAUCAAGGAGAACGGUCUGGGCCGCGAGGACAUGCUGAAGACGGGCAGACUGAAUCUCGUGGAUCUGGCGGGAAGUGAGAACGCCACGAAGGCCGGCAACGAGAAGGGAAUUCGCACGCGCGAAGCGGUGAACAUUAAUCAGAGUCUCCUCACGCUGGGCCGCGUGAUCACGGCUCUCGUGGAGCGUCAGCCGCACGUGCCGUAUCGCGAGUCGAAGCUGACGCGAUUACUGCAGGAGUCUCUCGGUGGGCGCACAAAAACGUCAAUAAUUGCGACAAUCUCGCCGGGCCACAAGGAUCUGGAAGAGACUCUGAACACUCUGGAUUAUGCUCAUCGUGCCAAGAACAUCCAGAACCGGCCGGAGAUCAAUCAGCGCCUCACGAAGAACUCCGUGCUGAAGGAGUACACGGAGGAGAUUGACAGGCUGCAGAGGGAAUUGGAUGCGGCGCGCGAGAAGAACGGCAUCUUCCUGCCGCCGGAUUCGUACAAUGAGAUGUCGAGCAGGCUGGACAGUCAGUCCAAGGAGUUGACAGAGAAGACAUUCCAGAUUCAGGCCAUGAAGGUGGAGAUGGAGAAGAAGGAUCAGCUCUUCAGUGAGAUUGAGAGGAGUCUGCAGCAGAGGACGGUGGAAUUGCGGGUGACGAGUGAGAGUCUGAACAGGACGAAUCUCGUGCUGCGUGACACGAAGCAGACGCUCAAGCUCACGGAGCGGCGAUACGAAGAGAGCACGCACUUGGUGAGUGCGCAUCAGGACACUGAGAGGAUGCUCUCUGGGCAGGCGAAGGAUCUGCUGGAGGUGGCCAAUGAGGCGUCCGCGGACACGCACGCUCUGCAUGAGGCCAUAAAGCGGCGGAAGGUUGUCGAUGGGGACAUACACAGGACGAUGGAGGACUUUGCGGACACCUUUCACGGCCAGGCGAACGCCACGAAGGAGAGAGUGAUGCAGUUCAAGGAGAACAUCCUGGCUCAGGUGAGCGACGUGAGAGGAGAAAUUGAAGGGAAUUUCACUCAUCACACAGCCUCAGCGUCCAACAUGCGUAACAUCUUGAUGGCAUUGGGGAAUCUGCAGAAGAAUUCGCUGGAGAAUUUCAUGGAACUCUACAUGAACUUUGCGUCCACCUUCAGUAAGACUUCCAAUGCAACCAGUGCAGCUUUCGAGGAACACAUGAAGGGCGUGGUGUCGAAGCAGAAGAGGAUUCACGAGGAGAUACAGAUGCAAGUGAAUGAGCUCGGGUGUUAUGAGAAGAGUCUUCGUGACGUACACAAAAGUAUGCUUGAGAGUGAGAAGAGAUUUUGCAGUGCAUCACGUGAAAGUGUGCAGAAGCACACGGAGAUCAACCAGGAAUUCCUCGAGAAGCUGAAGAAGCAUGUUGCUGUGAUUCUGGUUGAGAGGAAUGAUGAAAUAAGGAUGCGUAUUCAGCAGAAUGAUGAGAAGUUGAAGAGCAUUUUGGCUGAAAAUCAGGCAAUUGUCCAUUUGUUGGACGACAAUGAAGCUUCUAAAGUUGCAAUUCAGGCAGAAAUUGACCAGAAUCACGCUCACAUUUCGGAUUAUCGAGCAAAUGUGGUAGAAAGCGUGCAGACAAUGGAUGUAGAGCGGGAAAAGAUCGAGCCGCAAUUGGAAAGAUUCUCGAAACAACAUUUGGAGAUACAGGAAAAGUUGCGCGAGAAGAAUGACGGAAGCUUUAGCGCGGUUAGAGAUGAUGUAAUGCAAAUUUUGGAGGAAGUGCAGCUGCAGAGUGCUCGCACGAGAGUCAACUUGGAUGCACAAUGUGAAGAGUCUGUGAAGAUAUUCCAGGCUCAGGUUAAGGUGGCUUUGAACACUGUUGACGGAGAAUAUGAGAAGCUUAUGGCUUCGCAAACUGCUGUUAAUGCAAUCAUCAGCGACACAGCGCAAUCUGCAGAGGAGAUGAACACUUUCGUGAACUCAACAGUCGAGAAGUGGCAGGAAGAUGUGGAGAAUCUGAAGACAUCUGACUUGAAAACCUACUCAUCGACAGGCGAGACUCCGGGGCGCAAAGACUUCACUUAUCCCAGGAAUUUGGCCGCAACGUCACCUCAUGAGAGGAUUCUGAAGCGUUUCCGCACCUUUCGCGAUAAUGCGUCACAGUCUUCGUCGGAAAUAUAUGGCCAGGGCAGUUUUGAGGCAGAAGCUGGACGUUCUCCUGUGGCGUCAACACCAAUCCAGGCGGAUGAACAGCGCUGUCUGAGGGAGUUGACCUCCAAUGUUUCGCAGUUGCUGACAAUUCCCCUCAAGAAUGACCCGAAUGGCUCGAUUUCCUCGAUAGUUGAGAUAUCAGAUGAUGAUCAGGAAAACGUUGAACGACCCAGGACUUGAUGUUUUUGCGUCUACAUUGAUAAUAUUUGUAAGUUAUUCAUUUUAAUUACUCAAUUUUCUAUUAUAUGUAAUUACAAGUGUGAGAAUACGAAGGAUUUUAGCGCCAUUUAAAUGCUGUUGACAGAAGAGGAUAUAUAUGAAAUAUACUGUAGAACCUUGAUUU